AUGGCCAUUCUGUCAGCUCUCAACACCAGUGUCGCGCCUUCCAUGUCUAGGGCUGAUAACUCAUGUGACACUAGCAUUCUUGCAAUCACGUUGUUUGUUAAAGCCGUGGUAUUUGUCUUUGGAAUACCUGGUAACUGUCUGAUCCUGCGUGUCUACUGGACCAAGGCACGAAAGACCAGCACCCACGUUCUGAUCAUGGCCUUAGCCUGGGCUGAUCUGUCCGUUUGCCUUAUCUUGUCUAUUAGCAUUGUGGGACUUGCUCUCGAAUGUGGAGGCAACGGUAGAGACUUCAGUAUGCUGAUCACGACUCUUUGGGAUAUUGGUAUAGGUGCUUCGUUUGGUAUCACCGCUGCGAUUGCUGCAGAUCGCUAUGACUGCAUAUGCCGGCCACAAAGACGGUAUUGCACGCCAAGACGGGCCAAGGUAGCUGCUUUCGUUAUCUUGCUGUUCUCGGUAAUAUUUAGUAUUCCUGGAAGAAUAAGAAAUUACCUGUACCCGCCCAUGUUAGGCAUAGACCUACUUGUGCCAGUUGUCGAAAACAUUACUGUGUUAAUAGCACUUGUAACAAUCGGGAUUUGUUACGGAAACGUUUACGCAGCAGUCUGA